GACCCAACUCGCUCUCUCCCUCCAGAAUCUCCUCUCUCUCUCUCUCUCUCGUCCUCUCGCCGGAGACGGAUAUCAUCUCCGGUGUUCACCUCUGACGCAGUCAUCGACUCCGAGCUGUUCGCCUUGCGUCGCCGUGAUUCGAUAUGUUAUCAUGAUCGAAUCCACUUCAAGUCCUGUGAAGGCCUUCACUGUCUGACGAUCGACGACGAAGAACGCUGUUCCUAUAGCAGUUCAAGGGGUAAUCCCAAUCCUGCAGUCUGAAUUUCGCCAUCGAAGGCUUAAUUGCUCGCGCCAGCGUUAUCUCUGCGAUUCGGGCACUUCUCUCGGCGGUUAGCGAACGGCAGAGUCCUGUAGAGCUCGCGCAGUAAUCGGAAUCGGCGUCAUGGUGGAAUCGGACAACGAGUCGCCGCCGGGGGGAGGCCAUGGAUCGGGGGCGGGGGGCGACCUCUCGUCGCUGCGCGAGCAGGACAGGUUCCUCCCCAUCGCGAACGUGAGCAGGAUCAUGAAGAAGGCCCUGCCGGCGAACGCGAAGAUAUCCAAGGACGCCAAGGAGACGGUGCAGGAGUGCGUGUCGGAGUUCAUAAGCUUCGUGACGGGGGAGGCGUCGGACAAGUGCCAGAGGGAGAAGAGGAAGACGAUCAACGGCGACGACCUGCUGUGGGCGAUGACGACGCUGGGGUUCGAGGAGUAUGUCGAGCCGCUCAAGGUGUAUCUGCAGAGGUUCAGGGAGUUGGAAGGCGACAAGAUGGCGGCGGUGGCGCGGGAGAAGGACGGCGGUGCCAACGACAGCGAGAGUAGCGGCGUCGGCGGAGUGUACGGGAUGAUGCCCGUGGGCCAGGGUCAACACCAGGGACACGUGUACGGCUAUGGUGGGUUUCAUCAGGUUGGGGUGAGAGGAGGGGGAGUUGGUCCUGGAGCAAGUUUAAAUAGACCUUAGUUCAUUAAUCACUAAUCAAUUAAGUUCAAUCACUAGGAUAACCUUCUUUGAAGUGUUUUUUGCUGGAGCUCCCACAUUCUCAUUGUUGUGGCCAUUGAAAGAGCUUUUCGGAAGGUGGUGAUGGCGAAAAACUGUCUUUCUUCUAGAAUUGCUUGACGGGUAGACUCAAAGAAGUAUGUUGAAUUGUGCGGACUCGACUUGAAUCUGCCUGUACUUGACAUCUGAUCGACAAGAAUGGAUUCGGGCAUUAAAUUCACGACCACGAAGAUGACGACCAUGGUCGUUUUUUGGCUUGAGGCAGGCGAAGUGUCGAUCAGAUGGGUGGUCCAAUGGUGUAUGGUGAACGUGAACCUCGGUUUGGAUGGAGGAUGAGAAGUAAAAGAAGUGAGUGAUUCAGGGUUUGAAAUUUGGGUUUGGAAGCUGAAGUAGUUGCUGUAAUGGCAGAUUAUGGGUAGUGUAAAGUUAUUGUAGUAACUCAAGGUGUUGUGAAGACUAGUUUAUGUAUUUCCAUACUUGUGGAAGGAAACCGGGAGUUUUACCUGUGGAGUUUCUUCU